GGCCGCGACGCACCAUACGCGAAUUACCAACCACGCGUUAUCUCAUUCCAUUAUCUCACACAUUCUCGUCGUUUUAUAUUAUUAUUAUUUUUCUUUUUCUACUUUUUGUUUUAAAUAUCAAUUAAUAAAUAUUUCGUUUGUUCGUUUAUAUUCAAUUAUCGUAUUUUGAUAUUCCACACAUUAUUCCCUCGUUUAUUAUCUUUCUUCUUCCUAUCGAAUAUACUUUAUUAUUAUUUAAAAGAAGAUUAUAUUUAUCAUAUAUUCUUCUUCCAUUGUUUAUUGUAUUCUUCAAGAAGUGACCUUGCGAAGGGAUUUUUCUUAUCAACACUUUGGAAAUCUAAUACUUCGUGGUGUAUCUCGUCUUAAUUAUAUACGUCAAAGGGACGAUGAUGUAACGGGACUUUCGCUGUCGCGCUGCACUUAAGCAAUGAUGUCCGCACAAUGCAAUCGUUUCGUUCAAAACGCAUGGAAGAAGGAGUUAUGUUCGAAUUGUUUCAAAUUAAGAGAGGAACAUUCAUCGAACGAGGAUGCAUUAAGAUUGUUCAACAUAGAAAAGGCAUCGUUCAAUUUAAAAUCGGAUAAUUUGAAAGUUCAGAGUAUUCUACGAGUAAAAGAAUCAACAACAACAGUUCCAAAGGAUCAAAGAAAAAAGAACGUUGCUUUUCCGGAAUCCUUGACCGAAGUUAUCGGUUACGGUGGUGACGACUUUCUAUCAGAGGAUGAAGAAGAUGACGACGUAGAACAGGUGUUGGUUGAUUCUUUGAACACGGAAGAAGAUGUGGUACCGGACAGCGAGGAAGAACGUGCUUUGAGCAACUUGACACGUGCAAAUACUAAUUUCAAUACCGUUACUGCGAAUUUAAGUGAAAUUAUUUCUAACAAUGAUAUAAACAAAUCUUCAACGAGUACAUCAACGUCAACGUCAACGUCAACAUCAACAUCAACGUCAUCAUCGUCAACGAGAACUUUUGCUUCGUUGAUGCUUGGUAGAAUUCAAAAGGACGCAGAUGGUCGUAAAACUACACUUUUGGUAUCAGUUACACCAUUUGGUGGUGACGAAUCAUUGCCAACAGCUAAAAGGCCAAUCGAUAGGAAAAUCACUGUCAAUGGUUUCUCCAAUAACAUUGCUAAGUCUUCUUCUUCAACUUCUUCUGUCACUAAUUCGAUGGAUAACAAAAAUGAGAAUAUGUUGAAAACAUCAAAAAAGAUUACAACGGAGCGUAAAGAUGAUAAACGCGAGCAACAACAACAGCAACAACAGCAGCAGCAACAACAGCAGAACAGUGGAUCUCCAAAAUUGGAGAAAAUAGUUGAUAUGCCAUUGAUUACUUCGACAAACUUGAUAUCAGUGAUACAAAGGACGGAAAUUGAGGAUACCAGCACGGUUAACGUUGCUGAUAAGAAUCUCGAAAAUGUUACUAACAGAACAGAAUUGUUAACUGGAAAAUCGGAGAAAAAAUUGGCUAACAUUUCGCGUAGUCCGGCAAUGAAAAAAAUUGACAACGAAAAGCCAAAGAUUGCGAUUCAAUCGAUGCAAAGUAACAUUAACAAUAAUAUUAGUAACAAUAAUAAUAACAAUAAUAAUAAUAAUAAUAGUACGAAUUACGAGUUGUCAAAAACCAAUGAAAAAGAAUCUCCGGUAAAAGAUAACGGAGUUGAAUUGAAUUUAACGUUGUUGAAAAAAGAUGAAAUUGUUGAGAACGUUGACAGGCCGUUGAUCCUACGUGGUAAAGAAAUUAACAAAAUCACGGUUGUCGGUGUGGAUGAGAAAAAAAUGAAAAAAUUAUCAACAGAUUCGCCUGAAGUUAGCGUAAAAAAAUUUAAUUUCGAGGAGAGUCGUGAGUUAGCUGGUGAACCAGAUGGCAAAGCAGACGAAGAAGAAAUCGUUGAACCACCUGCAUUGCCACGUAGUCCACCACCAUCUAUGGAAAUGGAUAAAGUAAUAGCAACCGAACCAAGGCCGUCUUUUCUUCACGGUUCUGUCAGUAUGGACGCAAAAUCGAAACCCAUGGUACCCCAGAAACCGUCUAACUUCGUUGGGACGAAGCCGACUGUUUUAUCGAAGAGUGAGCCCACGUGCAAUAUUGGUAGUACCAAUGUGAAAAGGAAUAAUCCUAAUUACGUUUUACCACCACCAUCGGUACAGAAUGUUAACAACAGGACACAUCAUCUUCCUAGUACAGGUACGGUUAUUUCACCAAUUUCUAAUUCAACAACGAGACCAAUUGUCAAAGAAGAAUUAGAUAAUAAAUCUUUAACAACUAAGAAAAUAAUUAAAGAUAAACACGAAGAAAACGAUCAAAUUAAUCAAAGAAUUAAUUCAUCAUCUAUCACAUACGAAUCUUUUAAAGAAGAUAAAUUAAUAUCAACUACUAGUUCACGUGAUAUCGGUGAAGGUACGGAAGCUGAUGAAGAUAAUAGUAUGGAACCCGUUAGAUCUGUUAACAAUAAAAGAAGAAUGGCACCAAGACCGCCAGAGUUAACGGAAGAUCUUUUACCCGUGGGUUCUAAUUUGUAUGCUAGAAAUCCCGGUGCUAAUUUGAAAUCGGAUUCACCAGUAGUAAGGGAAAAAGAGAAGAGAGAAAGAGCAUCGUCUUGUAGUCCAAAGUUUAGGAAAGCUGUUUGCGAUGUACCUGACCCAACCAAUGGUACAUCACCCACCACAUCCUCCACCAUUACCACCACAUCUUCAUCGUCUCAUUCGAACGAUACUACGUCGUCACCAAGAAGGACAAUAUCUUUGUCGCAGGAUAGUUUGACAAAUGGUACAGAAACAACACGUGAAGGCAAGAAACGUGGUAGAUCAAGAUUUUCAUUAAAGAGAUUUCUACGAAUGGGUUCGAGAAAGGACGUUGACAUGACCACCACCACUACCUCCACUAACAGCAACAGCAGCAACAACAAUAACAGUAACGGGCAUGCUUCGAAUUCACGUCUCGAUGAAAUACCGUCUACUCCGCAACCUAAACUCCGAUUGGAAAUCAUUCAUCCACUUGAGCUCGAUGGUGCUGCAGUUGAAGUCGUGGGAAACGAUAGUAGUAGAGUCGUCGGUAGUAGUAGUAGGAUCAAUGAGGAUCAGACGGAUUCCUGUGGUUUUAAGAACGAACCCACAAAGACGACGCGUUCUAUCAAUGCUUCUCAACAUCAACAGCAUGCUCUUACUUCAGCUGUUAGACCAGGAAAACCACCACCUCCGCCAAGAAAUCAAUCAUUGGAGGAAUGGUCUAGAACUGAUCAGUCUAACAAACCUGUCAGACCACCACCGCCGCGUGUUGAAACUACUAACAAGCAACAAUUGCAUUCUAAUAGAAGUGAAAAAUCGCUAGGCAAGAUGACGACUACUGCACCGACUUCUUCUUGGCAACCAACGAACGCCGCAUCAACAACCGCUACCAGUUCAGACUUGAUUUACGCGAAUCUGGCAGCGGAGGAUGUUACAGGUGAGGUACGCAGUGCCCUGGCACCUUCGAAACCUCAAAGAACCGCCAGUAUGAGGGAUCAAGCAACAUCCUCACAACCAUCUUUGAUUAAGAAGCACGGUUCUUCAUCCUCUUCAUCGUCAUCGCAAAAUUUGACCCUAAACGAUUACGAGACUACCGCAACCAUAACUCAGCUUACUUCCGAUUCACCGACCUCGAACGAUAGUCAUGGUUACGAGUGUUUGUCCAGUUCACCGGAAUGUGACUCGAGUCUUGAACUACGCCAUGGAAACGGAUCCCAUCAUCCAAAUUGCAAGAGGAAAUCUGACAGCAGUGUUAUGGAUCCAGGGGUAGAAUUCAAAUUUCACCAUCACCAUCACCAUCAUCAUCAUCAUCAACCAUUCCUCAGGUCAACUUCAUUACCCUAUUGUGGUAGCGAAACUGAAAGCGAACUUUACGCACCCUCAUACACUUUCUACACUGGUGACGAGGGUGCAGAAGAAGAUCAAGAUUGGAAGAUCAAAGACGACGAGCUUAGGUUGAAUCGAUUGAGACAAAGAAGAGGACGUAGCAUAGUUCAUCGUAGUUUAGAAGAUAAUUAUGGUGCCGUUGUAGUGGCCAAUCACGAAGCAUUAGCACAAUUUGUCGAACAGUUACAGGUGAAUCAAGUCUCACAAAUAGUAGCACCUGGUCCACUUCGUGCCUUGAAAAAUUCCAAUCCUCGUCUACGCGAUUUCACCAUUGACGCAAACACGUCCGUUUUCAUUGGCAGGCGAAUAUUCUGCUCGGCUAGUUGGAACGAGCAAAACGUCAGCUUGUGCAUCGCGUUCGAUCAAGCGAUGCACGUGUCAAGAAAGGAAUUCUACUUGGCGCCAAUAAUCGAGUUUAUAGAGACCGUGCCCAAAGAAAUAUCCGAAAGAGUCAGUUUAUCAACUGGCAAAGACAUGGAAGCAACGAUCUCGGUUUUUCCAAGAUUACAAGUGAGUACGGUUCAAGCAUUUGGUUUAGUCACGAAGGAUUCCCAGGACGAAGGUUCGAUUAGAGAAUCCUCGUUCGUUUUACUUCAAUUCGUUAACGCCUUGAAAAGUCUUCAAGCACGUGGAAUCGAAGAAUCCUCGAAAGGUCUGAGUAACGUGAUGCUUUGUCGAGAGGAUAAGGAUGCCUGUUAUCGACUUUAUCUUUUGCAAGGAUUAAAUGUUGAUACUUGUGACGUUAGAAGUGAAGAAAAGGUUUCAUUGUGUCAGUGUGCUUUGGUUGCACUACAACAAUUACACUUGACCAAGAAACUUCCUCUAGUCCAGGAAUUAUUGUUACGUGAAAAAGCAGUCACCCUUUCUCAGGUAAAAUCAUUACUCGAAUUUUCUUUAUGGGGUCCAGACGAUGUUACAACUUUUGGUUUAGCAAAAGAAAGGGAAGUUACUCUUCAAAGAUGGCUAGAUCUUGAAAGAGCAACUAUACUUCAUGCAUUGGUAAGAACACGAGCACCUUUGACUAUUACCGAUGAAUAUCAAUUAUUAUUUUUGGUACGUACCAGUGCGAAAAUGAUGUGCGAGGCAUCGAUUUUAUUGGACGAACAGAACAAUCGUUUGUCGCGUGUUAGUUGAAGUAUAGAAACAAUAUUUAUAUUUUUUUUUUUUUUUUUAAUGUAAAUUAAUUCUAAAAUUAUUUAUCGAAUUUAUUAAUAUAUAUCGUUAAUAUUUGAAUUCGUUGAAAUGAAAAAAAAAAAGGAACCAAGGAUACGCAAUUUAAUGCAAUUCCAAUGAAUUUCUUUUGUAUUAUGUUUUAUCAUAGUUUAUUUUCUAUUCUCCCUUUGUUUUCUAUUUUGUAU